AUGCCUCCUUUUCGCAAUCUCCUCGGCCGAAAGCCCCAGCCCAAUGGCGCCGACGUGGCUGUCUUGGACGAGACCCGUCUGUCGCCGAACCAGCGCCCGGGCCCGGCUCCCAUCAGUAUGCGCCGGAGUUGUGACGGCCAACAGCCUCCCGAAUACAAAUUGAGUGUCGUGAACGAUAGCGGCGUUUAUCUUCCGCCUUCUCCUCCUGAGAAACAAAGCUUCUGGCACCGGUACCCUGGCUCGUCGCGGUCGGCGAACCAUCGUGAUCUCGUCGAUGAGAAUGAACCCUUCUCGAUCUCGCGCGAAUCAUUCGAUUCGUAUCGUCGUUCAUUCGACAUCUCCGCCCGCUCCCCGGUACUACACUCCGAAGCCGCGCCCUCCCGAACGUCUCUCGACUCCCGCUUUUCCCGCAUCAACUCCGUGCGUUCCACCAGCUUCGAACGGCCCGAGCGCAUGGAAGAAGAGAAUUUUGAGGAUGUCGGCCUUAAUGAUGACUCCAAGCCCAAGAAAAAAGGGCUCUUCGCACGAUUUGGCGAUUCGUCCAACGACACACAACAAUCCGCCAACAAGUCGUCAACAUCCUUUGGGUUCCACAUACCCGGCCGAAAGCACGGGCAGAGCGGGGGUGGAUCGGAGUUGGGCACCGUGAAGACCCCGACAGCUGUCGUAGCACCUGCCGCUGAGAACAGCGAAUAG